AUUAUGCAGAUCUAGCCAUACUUUUAACAUAGUACAGUAGCAGGAGUAGCCACACUGAAGCGGAUGACAGGAGCCAUAAGAAUCUGUAGCUGGUCACGAUGGGAAGCAAAGGAGGGUUCGUCCCGCUUGGGCUCCUGUUCAUCCUGGCUGUCCUCUGCCAUGUAGGUCACAGCCUGGAGUGCUACAGCAGUAUUAACCCAGCUAAUGGCUGCACUACAGUCGUCAGUUGUUCACAUAAUCAAGAUACUUGUUUCAUCGUUAAAGCCAUGCCACCAAAAACUUACUAGUGUUGGAUGUUUGACCGCUGCAGUUUGGAAGCCAUUGCAAAAGGCUUAGGGGAGAAGGAGCUUCAGUACCGCUGCUGCCAGGAGAACCUGUGUAACAAAAGUGAUGGGACGAGUAUAUCAGGGAAAACAGCUCUGCUGGGCAUCCUGCUGCUGGUGGCAGUCUGGCGCUUUUGUCUCUAAAUCUACACCAGGAGGGCUUCUCCUAAAUCUCCUGUUUCUGUAUAUGCCUUAUUUCCUGUGCGGCUGCAUUCCAAAGGCUUUAUAUUUUCCAACUGGAUCCUGUUGGGAAAGACUAAAACUAGCUUGAGCA